AUGUCAGGUCUGUAUAAUCCCAACUUCUCACCUGCGAGAGCUGCUUCUCCACAGAUUAGAAGCACCGCAGACGUUGACAGUCAGUACUUAUCAGAGCUGUUGGCAGAGCAUCAAAAGCUUGGACCUUUCAUGCAAGUCCUUCCGAUAUGCAGCCGACUGUUAAAUCAAGAGAUAUUUCGAGUCUCAGGAAUGAUGUCCAACCAAGGAUUUGGUGACUUUGACCGGAUGCGGCAUAGAAGCCCCAGUCCCAUGGCUUCUUCAAACCUUAUUUCAAAUGUUUCUGGGACAGGAUUAGGCGGCUGGAAUAGUCUUCCUCAAGAGAGACUAAGUGGACCUCCUGGGAUGACAAUGGACUGGCAAGGUGCACCAGCAAGCCCUAGUUCAUACACCGUGAAGAGGAUUUUGCGUCUAGAAAUUCCUGUUGAUACAUAUCCAAAUUUCAAUUUUGUUGGACGGCUUCUAGGCCCUAGAGGCAAUUCAUUAAAACGGGUAGAAGCUACGACUGGCUGCCGUGUAUACAUUAGAGGCAAGGGAUCUAUAAAGGAUCCAGACAAGGAAGAGAAGCUCAGAGGCAGACCUGGCUAUGAGCACCUGAAUGAUCCACUCCACAUCUUAAUUGAGGCUGAUUUACCUGCUAAUAUUGUUGAUAUAAGGCUUAGACAGGCACAGGAAAUCAUAGAGGAAUUACUGAAACCUGUGGAUGAGUCACAAGAUUUUAUCAAGAGGCAGCAGUUGCGUGAACUGGCAAUGUUAAAUUCCAAUUUCAGAGAGGAGAGUCCUGGUCCAAGUGGUAGUGUUUCUCCUUUUAAUUCCAGUGGAAUGAAACGUCCCAAAACAGGACGCUGAGAAUUUAAUUAUAAAUUUUCUGAAAAAUGUUUCUACCCUACUCCAGAAUUUCAUAGCCAUGUAUACCUUCUGUUACAUAUCAGUUCAGCAGAGCUUGAAAAGAUUAGGCUAACAGUUCUUGCUGGUGAGCUUUCUGGUGGGUUCUUCAUUAUUAAAUUGUUUUGCUUUUUGGCAAAAGAAAAACAAAAAUGAAAAAAAAGAAAACAUUUAAAAAAUGAAUUAUAUAGUUGGCUCUCGGAGUUUAGGUUUGGUGAGGUCAGUUUUUCUGUAAACUCAAUACAUUCAUUGGAUUUAUUCUUGUGUUAUUAGCUUUAAGGAGUGUGCAAUAUAUAUUUUCUGUUGCAAGCAUUCGGCCUUGUGAGGUGGGAUUGAGUUUUGUAGGUGUGUCAUGUUUGUUGUUCCAUUGUAGUUUAUAUGAAGCAUAGAAAAUGUAAGUUGGGUCCCAUAUUCUUUUUCUUUUUUUUUUUGUUGACAAUCUUGAACUAUAUAGGAUCUUCCCUUCUCUCUUGAGUCAAUUUUUUUUAAUAAAGUAGUUAGAAUUUUUACUUGGGA